CGCUGAACACCGAAACCAAUGACCUCCUUUUUGUAUGCCCACUUUUAUCACCAACUCGCCUCUUCUACGAAAGUGGCGAAGUCCAGACAGUUUCAACUUGCCCGCGGCUGUGUCCGGCGAUACAUUCGUUGACCGUUCACAGCGUCUUGGGUUCAUUCUCGCCGUCGUGCUCUCUCCAUUUCCAGAUUUUCGUUCGACUAGGCACGGAGCGGACGAUGCAGUCAGUGAAUAUUUACUCCGACACUUCCUGCGGCUCGGCGCCAAUUUCCAUGUCCAUCGUGGAGUCUGCGAGCUGUAUCAGUUCCAGUUGCACGAUCACUUACAUCGGUACCAAUUAUUACUACACCGAGACAACCUGUCCGUCCGAUGCGAAAAGCUACGCGGCCAGUACUUAUGGAAGCACCAAGUACCUUUUGGUGGAACUGUACUCUGACAUCGACUGCUCCAGUUACACAGGAACCGCAGCGAUCGUUGGGUCAGGAACGUGCGAAGCCAUUGGCACAACGGGUCAAGGAAUCAUCACGAACGUCUACUCGAACGGAUCGGCGCAGUUCCAGUUCUUCUUGGACACAACAUGCACAUACGCCACCAGUUCCCCAUACGUGAUCAGCAAGGACCUGCUUACAAGCCACGCGUGCUUCCAAGGGUACAAAUUGUACUCAAACUCGGACGGUUCGACGACCAGCGGGGCUGAUGGAAUCACUAGCGAUACCGAUGGAACCAGUGGAACCAGCAGUACAGCUGGAAGUGGCAGUAGUGACAGCUCCGGAUCGAGUAUCGGUAUCAUCAUAGGUAUCGCCGCUGGCGUGGUGAUUCUUGUGUUGAUCAUAGGCAUCCUAUGCUGGCGACGUUGUCGCCAUGGAGGCAAACAGGAGGACCAAUCACACCAAGUUCAGAGUCCAGGAGUGGUCGAACAGGGUGCGACGUCAUCAGCUCAGUUCCACAGGAUGCCAGUAUCACCGCAGAAAACCGGUACGGCUUCAACGACACUGGCCAGCUCGGACGGUGCCAUUCCCAGUAAACUCUGGGACGACGAAGCCAUCAUCGCUGCGAGGAUCCCGAGAGAGAAAGUUGUUGCGGAACACUUGAUCAACCGAGGUGGCUUUGGAGAAGUGUAUGUUGGGACAUACAACGGACAGCAAGUCGCUAUUAAAAUGCUGCUACCGGAACGCAAGAAGAGCUUGACUCAAGUGAACGCCUUCUUGUCUGAAGUCAAGCUCAUGAGUACGCUUGACCACGCGCAUAUCGUGGAGUUCAUCGGCGUAGCGUGGGAUUCGCUCACUGAUCUGUGCGUUGUUACGGAGUACAUGGUCAUCGAUCUGAAAGCCCUUUUGUCCAAGUUCGAAGAGCAACGGAUGCCUGUCGGCUUUGAUCAUGAUAAGGUAAAGGUGGCACUGCAUGUCGCUCAUGCUUUGACGUACUUGCACUCGUGCGCACCGCCCGUAAUCCACCGCGAUCUCAAAUCCAGCAAUAUAUUGUUGAACGAGGCAAUGGACGCCAAAGUGACGGACUUCGGUAUUUCUCGGGAACGGAUUGAUGCCACCAUGACAGCGGGCGUCGGUACGUCGCUGUGGAUGGCACCGGAGGUGAUGCUGGGCGAGAGAUACGACGAUAAGGCAGAUAUGUUUUCCUUCGGCGUGGUGCUGUCCGAGCUCGACCAACACGCACUGCCGUACUCGCACGCGAAGAACAAUACCCACUCCGGUCAACGACUAACCGACACUGCCAUUCUGCAAAUGGUGGCGGCUGGUAAACUACGUGUCCAGUUCUCAGAAGCUGCGCCGGAAUCGAUGGUACAAUUAGGACUGGAGUGUGUCUCAACAGACCCGAAGCAACGACCAACGGCAGCUGAAGCACUGUAUCGCCUGCAGAAGAUAUUGGCACAUGAAAUGUAAGGCCGAAAGUUGCGUCAAGUUGUGGUCGACCCGUCCAAAAGAGUAAUCGUCAAAGUUAAAAUCUUCAAAGGCCCCAUCAUUGUGAUAACCUGAACCUAUUGGCACCUAUUCAAUAUAUUUUCCAAUAUAUUCUGCCGCUUCAAAUCGAUCUUGGGAUGGAUAUUUGCACUUGCCC